AUGCAUAGGUGGAAUAACACAAACGUGGCUGACUUCAUCCUUUUGGGGUUUACAGAUGCUGAAGACAUCCAGGUGGUGCUCUUUAUGCUGUUUCUUCUUAUAUACCUGGUCACUGUGUUAGGUAAUGCAGGAAUGAUAAUGAUCAUCUGCCUAGAUGCCCAGCUUCACACCCCCAUGUAUUUUUUCCUCAGUCACCUGUCUUUCAUUGACCUCAGUUACUCAUCUGUCAUCACACCUAAAACCUUAGAUAACUUACUAACCUCCAAUAAGAAGAUUUCAUAUGUGAACUGUUUCACUCAAAUGUAUAUUUUUGUCUUCUUGGUUGCUGUUGAAUGUUUUCUUCUCUCCUCCAUGGCCUAUGAUCGCUAUGUAGCCAUCUGCAAUCCUCUCCACUACCCAGUCGUCAUGUCCACAAGACGUUGCUGGUCCCUUGUUUUUGGGUCCUAUUUGGUAGGUUUCACAGACUCCUUAGUCAAUGAGCUUUGCAUGAGGAGAUUGAGAUUCUGCAACUCCAAUGUAAUCCAUCAUUUUUUCUGUGACACAUCCCCAAUUAUAGCCUUAUCUUGCACUGAAACCCAUAACACCGAACUGAUGAUAUUCAUUUUCGCUGGCACGAGUCUUGUGGCAUCUCUUAUCACAAUAUCAGUGUCCUAUGUGUCCAUUCUUUCUACUAUUCUGAAAAUUAAUUCCACUUCAGGAAAGAGAAAAGCCUUCUCCACCUGUGCCUCUCAUCUCAUGGCUGUCACCAUCUUUUAUAGCACUAUGAUCUUCAGUUACUUAAGACCAAAUACAUCCUACUCCUUGGGAAAGGAUCAGGUGGCUUCUGUAUUUUAUACUAUUGUGAUCCCCAUGCUGAAUCCACUGAUUUAUAGUCUUCGCAACAAAGAAGUGAAAAAUGCUGUCCUUAGACUCCUGCAGAAGACAGAUGCCUCCAGGCACUUGUAA